ACCCAAAAAGAUCAUAAGAAAAGAAAAAAAAUAAAAAAUAAAAGAGGAUCGAAACUCCCUUUUAUUUUUAUUUUUAUUUUUACUCAUUAAUCCACUCCGCUUCCUCAUCUCCUCCAACGCGGGAGAAGCACCGCUUCGCGACGCAGUGCUUUUCCGAGCAGCGGAAGCCACUUUCCGAAUCUACAGCAUCAAAUUGGACCUUCGCUCUCUGUACAGCUUCUGAGCAUCUGGACAUGGAUUCAAAGGAUGACUUUUCGCCAGAUGUCUUAGGAGAGAAUCCGGGUACUCAAGUAGAGCAAGGUAAGGCAGUUAACAGACAGGAUCAUGCCCGACCGGCCAGCUCGUCUCCAGGAGUAGGAUAUUCUGGGGAAGUUGCUACUUUUGGGUUAGAAUCGGUCCCGAUUUCCUCACAAGAUUCAAGAUCGGCUGUUCGAGAUAUGAGAAAUAAAGCCUCGUUUAAUGACAAAUCAAACCCAGGUGCUCCUACCCCAAGUUUUGCUGACGGGGGCUAUUCGAAAAGUCCAUACUCUACAACCGGAAAAGUUGGUGUUGAUAUCAAAGCUUCUACACCUAUGAAGAAGGCUCAACCGCCCUCUGUUAGAUCUACUCAACUUCACCGCUACAGCGACGAGAUCCCUUCACUCUCUAGUCAUGGGCAAUGCCGAUUUGUUCAUAAAAAUCACCAAUAUGGUGAUGAGAUCCCUUCACUUUCUAGGCACCGGCAAGGCCGAAAUUUUCCUAAAAAUCAUCGCUAUGGUGACGAGAUUCCUUCACUUUCUAGGCAUGGGCAACGCCAAUUCUCUCCUAAAAAUGAUCACUAUGGUGAUGAGAUCCCUUCACUUUCUAGUAAAAGGCAAGGAGGACAUUUUGCUAGAAAUCACUCCUGCGGUGAUGAGAUCCCUUCACUUUUUAGCCACGGGCAAGGCCGAUAUUCUUCUAAAAACCUCCAGUAUGCUGACGAGAUCCCUUCGCUUUCUAAACAAGUCCAAGUUGGAUACUCUUCUAGAAAUCACCACUAUGGUGAUGAGAUCCCUUCACUUUCUAGCCAAGGGCAAGGCCAAUACUCUUCUAAAAACAACCACUAUGGCGAUGAGAUCCCGUCACUUUCUAAACAAGGCCAAGUUGGAUAUUCUUCAAGGAAUCACCACUAUGGUGACGAGAUCCCUUCACUUUCUAGCCAAGGGCAAGGCCGAUACUCUUCUAAAAACAACCACUAUGGCGAUGAGAUCCCGUCACUUUCUAAACAAGGCCAAGUUGGAUAUUCUUCGAGGAAUCACCACUACGGUGACAAGAUCCCUUCACUUUCUAGCCAAGGGCAAGGCCAAUACUCUUCUAAAAACAACCACUAUGGCGAUGAGAUCCCGUCACUUUCUAAACAAGGCCAAGUUGGAUAUUCUUCGAGGAAUCACCACUAUGGUGACGAGAUCCCUUCACUUUCUAGCCAAGGGCAAGGCCGAUAUUCUCCUAAAUACCUCCAGUAUGGUGACGAGAUCCCGUCACUUUCUAAACUAGGCCAAGUUGGAUAUUCUUCUAGAAAUCACCACUAUGGUGAUGAGAUCCCUUCACUUUCUAGCCAAGGGCAAGGCCGAUAUUCUUCUAAAUACCUCCAGUGUGGUGACAAGAUCCCUUCACUUUCUAAGCAAGGCCAAGUUGGAUAUUCCGCUAGAAAUAAUCAUUAUUGUGAUGAGAUCCCUUCACUUUCUAGUCAAGGCCGAGGUGGAUUUUCUCCUAAGAAUCACUGUUAUAGGGACGAGAUUCCUUCGCUUUCUAAUCAAGACGUUGGAUAUUUUCCAGGAAAUAAUCUUAGCGAAUCCAGACCAGUUGACCAGAUUGUAAACAAUAAUGACCAUUUUAAUAUGAAUGAAAUGAAUAAUUUCUCAACUGAGCUAGUUCGCGGUCCCCGUGCCGACAGAUCGAAUAACUCAUUGGCAUCAUCUGAUGAGAAAUACAGCAUGAAGCAGUCUAUUGCUAGAGACCAAUAUAACAAACCGGACUUUGAGACCAAGUAUGAACAGGCCAAGUUCUUCAUGAUAAAGUCGUUUAGUGAAGAUGAUGUCCAGAAGAGUAUCAAGUAUAAUGUUUGGGCGAGCACUACAUAUGGAAACAAGAAGCUUGAUAUGGCUUUUCGAGAUGCACAAAUGGUAGUAAAGGAGAAGGGUACGAAGUGUCCUAUCUUCCUAUUCUUUUCGGUUAAUACCAGUGGCCAGUUUGUAGGAUUGGCCGAGAUGAUAGGCCCUGUUGAUUUCAAAAAAAACAUGGAAUUUUGGCAGCAGGAUAGAUGGAAUGGCUUCUUCCCACUGACGUGGCACAUAAUAAAGGAUAUUCCGAACAGGCACUUUCAUAGUAUUAAACUUGAAAACAACGACAACCAGGUUGUAACUUUCAGCAGAGAUACUCAAGAGAUAGGACUUCCACAAGGCCUAAAAAUGCUGGAAAUUUUCAAGGAUUAUCCACUGGCGACUUCAAUUCUAGAUGACUUCGACUUUUAUGAAGACAAACAGAAGUCACUUCAUGCGACGAGUAGUCAUCAUGUUACAUAUGCGCACCAAGUGGAGUUCGAUGAGGAUGUGUAUGAAAUGGAAUUCAAUGAGGACGAUAGUACCAUGAAUUAUUUGGAAGAGGGCUUCGGAGAAAUGAGCUUUUCUUCGGGACACCGGAAACAUUCUGGGCCAAGUGUAUACUAAUGAGCCCUUCAAGAACUCAUUGCUCAAAAGCUGCACGAGAAAGCGAGUGCUUUGAGUUUUCAAAAUUUUGACCUAAUUUAGUUUUUCCUUCGGCAAAUCUGCUGCUCAUGUUGUACAGUUUUGAGUUGUCCUUAUAAAAUUUCUGACUCAAAAGAAGAUCCUCAUACAGUAAAAGAUUUUGUUAAUAUAUAAUCAGAUCGAGCAUGAAUGGCUUGUAUUCACCAGUAUAUGUGCUGUUUUGGAUUGUAAUAAGCUGACUUGCGUUUGCUGCAGAUCCUGUAUUUGACAUUAUUUAAAGAUCCAAUUGUUAACAUUUGUUCUUAAA